AUGAUCUGGAUCCCGAUCCAGUCCUCAGAAACAGACCUGAACCCGAGUCCAGUCUCCCCUGACCCGCUCCGUGUCCCGGUACCGCUCCGGGUCCUGCCGGUCCUGACCCUUCAGACCCGCUUGGAUCGGCUGUUAAUCCGGUCUGAUCCGGUCAGAGUGAGUCCAUCAGAACUUUUCAUGAGAAACAAAGAGGAGAAGCAGAAAACGUUGCGACAGACUGAACCGAGACCAGCUGCUCCUCCUCUUCAUCACCGCCCCCCCGAACUGACCCCGCCCCUCCCGGAGGAGAAACCAGACACGUGCAGCUCCGCAGCCUCACCUGCAGACUGCCAGAGCUGA